UGCAUGCAGUGUGUUACGAUUGCACACUGAUCGUCUGGAUGAACGUGCUGCUUCGCUGGCCUCUGGUAUUCGUGGACAGGAAGGACGUUGACGUGUUUUCCGCACGCUCAGACCGGGGAAAGUUGUUUCCUGAAGUUGACACUAUGCUGACAACGUCCACACCAAACCUCUUGUGCGCGUAGAAAAUGACUAAAGGAGCGUGUUAAAACUCCUCACUACAUUUUGAGAAUCAGCCUAACGAGAAUAUGAGCUCUAAAACUGAAGACACAGAGGUGAGCCUACAAAGCCUGCAAGCACAGCUAGCUGAGUGUCAGGCUCAAGUGGAGCAUUGGCAGGGUGUGGCAACAAUCUGCGAGCUGAGCAAACAGGAGGAACUGGCAGAGCUGCAGAAACAAUGCGAUCAAGAGAUCCAGUCGCUGCAAGAGGCCUUAAGAGAGACAGCAGCUCAGUAUGAAGCCAGGAUUGCUGUUCUGCAGUCCCAGCCUUCAGACUGGAGGAGAGGACAGAGAAUGACCAACAAUACAAGAGGAGCAACAGACUUAAAUUCUUCUGCUAGUGACUCGCCAAAAUCGGGCAUUUACGGCAUCGUGGAAGAGGCGACUUCUUCAAGGGAAAAGGACCAAAGUCAGCCUUCAGAGCUGGAGGGCGUGGUGGAGAGAGAAGGGGGUCCCCUCACAACAGAAGGGUAUUUUUCCAACUGUGACUCGGCUUCGUUGUCUUCCUUCUCCAUGGACACACCCUCGCUGCCCAGAAAACUCCUCUCUCAGGACGACACGGAUUCUCUGGUGUCAACAGGAACCCUGGUGCCUGAAGCCAUUUACCUGCCGCCAGCCGGACAUCGCCUCGUCACGCACAGCGACUGGGAUGUACUCAACGCACAAUUGUCAGAGCUGCGGGGGGAGGUGAGUCGGCUGCAGUCAGAGAAGGAGGAGCUGGAAAGAGAACUGGAGACGCAGACCAACCAAACUCAUAAACAGGUGUCAUCGCUGAAAUCUCAGGUGCAGGCUUCAGAAGGCCUCCUCCAGGAUCUGCAGAAGUCUUUUAGCCAAUCGCAGAAUGCGGUGCAGAGCCGACUGGCAGAGUUGUCUCUGUCUCAGCGGAAAAUGUGCAGCGAGCUGUCCAGACUGAAAGGAGAAGAAGUGGAGGAGAGUAUAUCAGACACCAGCUCGUCGCUGUCAUCAACUCUGCAUGGGGCGCACUGUGAGGAGCGCCUUCGCAUUGAAAUUGUCAAUCUGAGGGAGCAGCUGGACACUCGUUCAGAGGAGAACGACGUUUUAGAGGUGCAGCUGUCCACGCUGAGGACCGAGAUGGAGAAGAUCCAGGCUCAGAAGGACCUGCUGCAGACUGAGCUGCUGGCCUGCCGCACUGAACUGGAAGGCCUGCGGGUGGCACUCACACACGUGCAGAACACCAACAAAGCUUUGAGCACUGAGAAAGCAGCUUUGCACCAACAAUGUCUGGAGCUGCGCAGCCAAGUGAUCAGCCUGCGCUCCCAGCUUGACACCAGCCAAGCUGUCCAGAGAGACUUUGUAGAACUCUCCCAGUCACUGCAGGUCAAAAUGGAGUUGAUACGGCAAGCGGAGAGUCUGGAGCAAGUCAAAGAAAUCUUGGGAGAGGGAGCCAGAGAAGCCGAGUCUGCAGAUGCGUCUUGAGUCGUUGAAUAUGAUAUUAAAUCCUACAGCAUGGACCAAAACAAAAACCCAGAGAGAGGUUUUAUUUUUAAACCACUGAAACACUGACUUUGACAGAGGAACCACUGGAAUUUUCAGCUAUGGUGCUGGCCCUGUGAAGAUCUUUUUUUUUUUUUUUUUUUUUAAAGUGCUUUUGAAGAACCUAAACCGUAAAACCUGGAUCACUCCUGUCCACAGAAGACGGAUUCACGAACUUUGUAUGUGUUUCAACUAAUUUAGUUUCUUACACUAUGUGUCCACUUGUUGCAGAUUUUACCAUUUAUAGUACUAACAUCUACUUAAGGAGUGUUUUUUUUUCUACAACUGACAGAAAUUUAAGUGUCAACACUAUUGCAUUUUAAUGCAAAUCGCUAAUGGUUUCACUUAAAAACGUCAAAAACAUUCCACUUUUAUACAAAAUACCUGCUUUUAAAUGAAAGUAUGUUUUUUAUGAAGCUCAAGCCUUAACAGCCACCAGACUUUAAUAUAUAAAAAAAGACUAUGUAGAUUAUUAAUAAAAAAGUAUGUGUUGUGUUAUUAUAAAGUGAAA